UUCAAACCCAGCACUUUCAACUAUUCUAUUUUUUGGGUCAAUCUGAAGAGUGAAAUGUUUCCCAGACUCCAUAUGUAAUGCUUUGAGUCAAGAUUCUCAUUUUCCUGUGUGUUUCUGAAAAAUGGGAGGUUGCUGCGAUCUUCAAGUAGACGUCAAUGGCGAAGAAGUUUUCAUGGUGGACAAGAAAACAUUGGCGUCUUACUCUGGUAGAUUUAGAAAAUUGUUUGGUAAACUGACUGGAGCGUCGAGGUGCCUAAAAGUGAUAUUCCAUGACUUUCCUGGAGGCGCAGAGGGUUUUGAGCUCAUGGCAAGGUUUUGUUACAACAAUGGAAGAAUUGAGAUAACUCCCUCGAACAUUGUCCUACUGUUCUGCGUCGCGCAUUUCAUGGAGAUGGGAGGCGAUGGUGAUGGCUCUGGAAGACCGAACAUACUGUCUCAAACCGAAAAAUCUCUUGAAGGGAUCAGCUUUUGGACAUGGUCUAACCUUGUGGUAGCUCUAAAGCAAUGCCAAGAUUUACUUCCCGCCUUAAAUUUAUCGUCAGUAUUGCACAAGCUCCUAGACUCCAUCAUAGCCAAGCUUUUUUCGCCGUAUGUUACAAGCACUUAUGCUUCUUCGUCAGAAGAUUUAAGUUUUCGGUUUUCAAGUGGAAGGAGCAGUUAUAGUCCGAAAACUGACUGCUCAAGAAAAACAUGGUGGGUGGAAGACCUUAUGUUCUUGAACACCGAUUUACUCGAGAAGGUGGUAAGAAGGAUGAUAUUCCAGGAGCUCGACCAUACCACAAUUUUCAAGUUUCUCUUCCAUUAUCACCAAUCUAAGUCUAUCGGUGCCACGCGAGGUGAGAAGCGUAAAAUCACAGAAGUAGUUAUCGGUCUGCUUUUUCUGCUAGACCGAAGCUUUCUUUCUGUCAAAGGCUUAUUCAAGAUAUACCAAGCGGCUAUGUGCCUGAGAGUUAGCAAAAAGUCUGUAAACAAGUUAGUGAACUUGAUAGGUUGUCAGCUGGAUCAAGCAACAAUUGAUUUUCUACUCGUUCCAUCUCCGCGCACCAAGAAGUAUGUAUACGAUGUGAGUUUGGUUUUGAAGUUAGUGAAGUCAUUUCUACUUGAAGGGGGAGACCGUGUAUCUCAAAGUCGCUUAAAAAGUGUCGCGAAGUUGAUGGAUUCAUACCUUGCAGAAGUAGCACCAGAUUCUCACCUGAAUCCUUCAAAAUUCGAAGCAUUAGCCACGAUGCUGCCACAUUCUGCACGAGAAUCUCACGACAGACUUUACCAAGCAAUUGAUGCAUAUUUUAAGCGUCGUGCUGAUUUGUUCAGGGAGGAGAAGAUGAGUAUCUGUUGUGCACUGAACUACGAAAGGCUCUCAACGGAAACUUUAAAACAUCUCGCUCAAAAUUCGAAGUUUCCUCCAAGAAAAGCAGUUGAAGCUUUCGCUACGGAGCAAUUAAAACUCCGAAGCUUAUUUCAUGAAGCUUACAAUCUCAAGACUUUAGACUCCUUGUUCAUUGACGCAGGUAAAGAAAUUAGGGACGAGAAAGAGGAGAGUGAGCAGAUGAUUCCAUUUUCCACGAAGAAACUCGAUCUCCCAACAGAGACUCGGAAGCGUAGAGCAGAUUUGCAGAGCAUGCAAUGGAAGGCAUCGGAGUUCGGCGUUUGUGGCACGAUGGAGAUGAAGAUGACUGGUGCAUUGAACUUAAGAUUGUCCUUUAGGGGAAGUACUCGAUACUUGCCUACACUCUUUCCAUUGAUUCGGAAAAAUCGGAGCGGAAAGAUGUUGGAGAAGAUCGGGCUGCCGCCGAAGCCGUCACUGAGAGGGAAUACUUGGGUGGUUGACGCCUCACACUGCCAGGGAUGUUCCUCUCAGUUCACCUUCAUCAAUCGCAAGCAUCAUUGUAGGAGGUGUGGUGGCUUGUUUUGCAACAGUUGCACCCAGCAAAGAAUGCUCUUACGUGGGCAAGGUGAUUCGCCUGUGCGUAUAUGUGACCCUUGUAAAAAGCUAGAAGAAGCAGCACGCUUUGAGAGAUAUGGACACAAGAGUAGAGCUGUGAGAGGCAGUUCAAAGUUGACAUCAAAUCAUGAGGAUGAAGUUUUGGACGAGAUUCUCGGUAGUGACAGAAAGGAAUUAGGACAAGAGUCAAAUAGUAAUGUGGUUUCCAGUAUGCAGAGAGCCGCUAGUAGUGCAUCAUGUUCAAAUAUUCAACAAAAUUCCAGCCACGAGGGGGUGGGAGAAAUACAUAGAAGUCUUUCUGUUGAUGAGCCUAAUUUACAGAGUGGUGGUGGAUCUGCUUCUCCUGAGGAAUUGCGUCAGCAAGCUUUGGAUGAGAAAAAGAAGUAUAAAGCCCUUAAAGGAGAAGGGAAGUCUGCGGAAGCAUUAAGAGCCUUUAAGAGAGGGAAGGAGCUUGAGAGGCAGGCUGAUGCAUUGGAAAUAUCUUUGAGAAAAGAGCGUAGAAAGGUUUUACUCUCUGCUAAUGUGGUGGAGAGCCAGAUUAAAGAUGGGCCUUCCGAAUCUGGAAGAAGAAAUAAGGUCACUCCUUCAGUGGGUAAAGAAAAAGAUGAUCUUUCUGCUGAGCUUAAAGAACUAGGAUGGUCCGAUAUGGAUCUCCUUGAUGAAAACAAAAAGCAAGCAAGUCUGAGUUUGGAUGGUGAACUUUCUUCUCUUUUGGGAGAGGUCUUACAAAAGACCAAUAAAAACAAAGGUACUAGGGCCAUUGACAAAACCCAGGUUGUUGCACUUAAAAAGAAGGCUCUCAUGCUGAAGCGUGAGGGGAAACUUACAGAAGCUAAGGAGGAACUAAGAGCUAAAGUCCUAGAGAAGGAACUUGAGGAACAGGAAUUCUUGGCUGAGGCUGAAGAAUCUGAUGAUGAGAUAUCUGUGUUGAUUCGUGGUAUGGAUGAUGACAAACAGGAAGAAUUUUCAAUUCAGUGUGAGCAGGAGGAUGGCUUUAAUUUUGAUCAUCUUAUUAGUGCUUCUGAUGAUCUGGAUGGUCAUUUCGAAGUGACAGAUGAGGAUAUGGAGGACCCAGAAAUAGCUGCUGCUUUACAAUCUUUAGGAUGGUCUCAAGAUUCUAAUAAUGCGGAAACUUCUCCCCAGAUUGCUGCCGUUGACAGGGAAGCUCUAUUAAGCGAAAUUCAAUCAUUAAAAAGAGAGGCGGUUAAUCAUAAACGGGCUGGUAAUGUUCAAGAGGCAAUGGCGCAGCUAAAGAGGGCAAAACUACUUGAAAGGGACCUUGAAAGCCUUGAGUCUCAAGAGGGCAAUGUUUCGUCCAAGUCAUUUAUGGUGGAUGAUGGAAAUAUUAGUACAAUGGAACGUACGGACUCCAAACCUGCAAGGAAGAGUAAAUUAAUGAUUCAGAAAGAGCUUCUGGGCUUAAAAAAGAAAGCCCUUUCUCUAAGAAGGGAAGGACGAUUAAAUGAGGCUGACGAAGAAUUGAAGAAGGGCAGGGUUCUUGAACAGCAGCUUGAAGAGCUAGAGAAUGGUUCUGUACAGAAGGCAAUGCCUGGGACUGUUGGCAAUAAAGUCCCAGAUUUGGCACAUGAGCUUCCCAAUGUCUCUGAAAGUCUGCCAGUUGCAGACGAGGAAGGAGAAAAUGUAACAGAUCAGGAUAUGCAUGAUCCAGCAUAUCUUUCUAUGCUAAAGAAUUUGGGUUGGAAUGAUGAUGAUAAUGAAGGGACCAACUCGUCGUUGGAACCUUCUAAGCAAACAGAUAAUCUCUCCAUGAAGGUCAGUGCACCCUCUGCACCUCAAGCCCCGGCUAAUGUCCCAGCUGGAGGAUCAAGGAGAAGCAAAGCUGAGAUUCAGAGGGAACUCUUAGGGUUGAAAAGGAAAGCUCUUGCUCUGAGGCGCCAGGGAGAGACCGAGGAUGCAGAAGAACUGCUAAAAAAGGCGAAAGCACUAGAGGGCCAGAUGAUGGAGAUGGAAGCACCCAAGGAAGAUAUCACUGAACCUCCUCCUAAUAGUGUUGAGGAGGAAGGAGAUGGAGGUAAUGUAACAGGGAAAUAUAUGCAGGACCCAGAACUUUCCUCAGAGGGAACUUCCUUUUCCAAGCCAGCCGUUUCUGCACCAAGAAAUAAGGGUGCAAUCCAAAGGGAACUUCUGGAUUUAAAAAGAAAGGCUCUUGUCUUUAGACGGAAGGGAGAAACCAAAGAAGCUGAGGAAGUUUUGAGAAUGGCAAAAGUGCUAGAGAUUCAAAUUGAAGAGAUGGAAGCCCCAAAGGAUUUGAGUCUGCAUGAUGAUUCAAGGGAAGAGAAAUCUGAGAAUUUCGGAUUACUAAUUAACACUGAAAAGCCAGGGAAUUUGAAGCAUGAUACAGAUGUUAGAAGGUUUACUGAGGCGGCAAUGGGUCCAAUUGACAGAGUAGUUAUGUUGUCAGCAAGGAAUUCUGAGUCUGUUCCUCUAUCCUCACAGUUAGCUAAAGGAAACCAACCAUUACCAGUGGAAUUGGGUACUUCGGGCGAAAAUUAUUUUCCAGAUGACCAAAGAGCAGCCAAAGGCGUUAGUCAUAUUUCUGCACCUGUCCAAUCUGGAAACUUAGUGGAUUUGUUGACGGGGGAUGACUGGAGAAGUUCUCAAAGGCCUGCUGAAAAACAAGAUGACGGCCUAAAAUUUGAUUCUGUUGAUUCGCUUACUGCCAGUCCUCCCGUUCAGUUGGGAUCCCAGACAUGUUCGAAUAUAAAUGUAGGAAGCCAAAAUAAUAAAUUUGAUAAACAGGAAGAUAAGCGAGAUGUUAAUGAAGCAACUUUGGUUCAGGAAUCUGCUUCUCAGAGCAACCAAAGUGCCAUUCGGCAAGAAAUCCUGGGUUUCAAGAGGAGAGCAUUAGCUUUAAAGAGAGAAGGGAAACUGACCGAAGCUCGUGAGGAACUAAAGCAGGCAAAGUUAUUGGAGAAGCGUCUUGAUGAAGGCAGUCCUCAGUCCAAAACUACUUCAAGUGAGGCGUCCAGUGCCACACAAAAUACAACUGGCGAGCAGAGCCAACCCCAACCAUUAGUGUCACGAGACAUCCCAUCUUCUAGCCAAAAGCAUCACGGUUCACCAUCCUCGGACCCAAAACCUUUGUCCAGUCGUGAUCGCUUCAAGUUGCAACAGGAGUCUCUUGGCCACAAACGUCAGGCUAUGAAGUUACGUAGGGAGGGUCGGAUGGAAGAAGCAGAAGCCGAGUUUGAAUUAGCCAAGGCACUUGAGAAUCAGUUGGAUGCGUCAGCUGCUCAUGAUUCCACAACCGUUGACAAAGUAGAAUCAGUGGAUAAUGUCUCUGUUGAGGGGCUUCUUGAUCCUCAACUACUGGCUGCCUUGAAAGAAAUUGGAAUUGAAAGUGCUAGUAAUUUAUCUCAAGGCCCGGAAAGACCAGAGCCUUCAAAAGUUAAUGUUGGUAAGAACAAUAACAUAAUCCAAGAUAGAAGUCAGCUGGAAGAACAGAUCAAGGCUGAGAAGGUAAAGGCGGUAAAUUUGAAACGUGCUGGAAAACAAGCUGAGGCCUUGGAUGCUCUUCGAAAGGCCAAGCUACUCGAAAAGAAGCUCAAUUCUCCCUCCUCGAAGUGAACAAAAUAAAAACCAUCACCUUGGUAAGUUAGAAGAUGAAGUUAUUAUAUUGCUUACGAGCUAUGGAACUCGAUAGCUCUGUAAAUGUUGUUGGUACGCAGAAUUAGCCACGAAGCAGGAUGCAUGAGACAUGUUUCGUUAUGCUAGUUUGUACUCACUGGAUAGGAACCGAAAAUGUAUCGUCUGUGUUGUAAAGGCACCUUUCCUGCCUGCUUAAUUUCUUUCUUUUUGCCUUCUGUAUGAGUUAUCUCUGGAAGUUGUAAGAGGGUGAGGUUGACGAAUGCUUUAUCUGAUCUUUUAGGUCAUGAUAAAAUUGCUCGAGCA